AUAAGAAAGCGAUUGUCGAGAAGCGUUUGAAAGCGUGGAUCACCUAGCACCAGCACAGUGCGCUAAUAAACGUUGUUUCUUACGGAUCAACAGCAGCACAUCUUCAAAAUGUUCGUGAAAGCGUGGAUCGCUGUGACAAUAACUGCGCUUUGCGUUUGUACCUCUGCUGAAAUCGUAUCACGGGUCUGUUUAGGCUGUAUUUGCGAAGUUAGCACAGGAUGUAACACUAAUAGUGGAUGUUCCGGAUCCAUAUGUGGACCAUUCGCCAUAACGUGGGGAUAUUGGGCUGAUGCUGGCAAACCAACUCUAAACAACGAGACACUUAACAAUGAUUCUUAUGCCAAUUGCGUUAACGAUCCCUAUUGUGCUGCUCGUGCGGUGGAAAAUUACAUGGCUAAAUUUGGUCAUGAUUGCACUGGAAAUGGAAUAGUCGACUGUGAAGAUUUUCUGCGUAUUCAUCGACUUGGAGCGAAUGGUUGCACUGGUGCACUAAACAGCAAAUUGGAAGAUAAAUUCCAGUUAUGUUUACGAGUUUUCCAAAAUCAAUAACAUGUGUAUAUGUUCCGCUAUCAUCUAAUAUCAAUCCAUUAAUCACCAUAACGUAUAUAUAUACAUAUAUUUUUGAUAAUGAAAACCUAUCUUUUAUCAAAUAUUUGAUAUAUAGUUAUUCACUCUGUUUAGCAACACAAGGAUAUCGCUUUUAAUUUCUAUUAAAUGUAAUUUAGUAUAAUUUGACUUAUUAGGAUUUUAUGUAUGUAAUAAACAUUUCAACAAAAAUAA